AUGAGCGCUGCAAGGCUGCUCUUCAAUUCAAGCUCCCUCCAAUAUACUGCCCUCGCCGCUCUCGCCUGUGCUGGUGUUCAAAGCUCAGCGCGCAGGACCAAUCCCGUUAGGCUCGACAGCCCCUCGGGAAUACAUACUACUCAAGAUGCCUCUCUCAUAGCCUAUGCUCGACGUGUGCAGAGUCACUAUGCUCAUGCCGAAGAUCCAAAUCACACCACAAAAAGACAUGACGCGACCAUCGUCGACAAAACAAAUGAUCCCGACAAGUACCUCCCCGCCUUCGAGAGCGACGACGAGAAUGCCUGGGCCUCCUUCUCAAGAAACUUCCACAAUGUAAGAGAAGGCAUUGCGCGCAUAGACUGGAGCACCGUCGGCGACAAGAUCACGGAUUUGGUUGUGCCCAAAUGGGCCAAGAUCCUUCCUGAUGGAUUUCAAAAGCUUCAAUCCGAGCUGUCCAUGCAGCCAGGAACGCUAGCAGAUCAGAUCUGGCAGGAGGCACACGAUCCAUACAUCAAUCCGGAAAUUGAGUGGAAUGCCACCGUUCGCGUUGGUGACACCCUUGGCAGUGACGAAUUGGAGUUCCGACGCAAGAGGAAGCAAUUCGUUGUCAAAGCGUUGGCAAAAUACCUCGGUCUCGAUGAGAAGGAGAUUCACCCAGAUGACGUGCCUACUAUUGCGAUUUGUGGCAGUGGCGGGGGUCUACGAGCCAUGGUCGCUGGUACAAGCAGCUACCUGUCUGCUCAAGAGGCGGGUCUUUUUGAUUGUGUGACUUACACCGCAGGAGUCAGCGGCAGCUGUUGGUUGCAGACACUCUUCUACUCCUCCCUGGGUAAGCAAGACCACAGGCAGCUCCUCAAGCACAUAAAGUCACGGAUUGGGACCCAUAUUGCAUUCCCUCCGGCAGCAUUGAAGCUGGUCACGAGUGCCCCGACCAACAAGUUUAUCCUCAGCGGUUUCGUCGAGAAGAUCAAAGGUGAUCCCGGGGCUACCUUUGGCCUUGUGGAUGUCUACAGUCUUUUGCUCGCUGCUCGGCUUCUGGUCCCUCACGGCGAACUUGAUGUUAAUGAUCAAGACCUCAAACUGUCAAAUCAACGUUUAUACAUUGAGAACGGUCAACUCCCCAUGCCCAUAUAUACCGCCGUCCGCCAUGAAAUACCUCUGGACGAGGAGGAGGAGGAGCAAUCCAAGGAUAACCUCGCUCUCAAACACAGGAUAAAGGAGAAAGCGAGGAAGGAAGCAUGGUUUCAAUGGAUUGAAAUGCACCCGUGGGAGGUCUGGUGCGAAGAGUUCGGUGCUGGUAUACCUACUUGGAGCUUAGGUCGGCCCUUCAAAAACGGCCGGAACCUGCUGCUUGACAGCGGUGUUGCCCUGCCAGAGAUUCGACAAAGUCUGCUCCUUGGGAUCUGGGGGUCGGCCUUUUGCGCCACACUGGCGCACUACUACAAAGAGAUCAAACCUGCUUUUAUCGGGAUGGUUGGAUUCGACGGCGUCAAUCAGCUGGUUGAAGAGAAGAAUGAAGAUCUCAUCAAGAUCCACCCCAUUGACCCAGCUACGAUACCCAAUUUUGUGUAUGGCAUGGAAGGCCAGCUCCCGUCGACGUGUCCAGACUCGGUCUUCAAGAACGACCAUCUCCAGCUGAUGGACGCUGGAAUGAGCAAUAAUCUGCCAAUCUACCCGCUCCUCCGACCUGGCCGGGACGUUGACGUCUUGAUUGCAUUCGAUGCGUCAGCAGAUAUCCAAAAGGAGAAUUGGCUGUCGGUGGUUGAUGGGUACGCCAAACAGCGCGGCAUCAGAGGGUGGCCUGUGGGUGCAGGUUGGCCGAGGGAAUCGUCUAAACCUCAAGAGAAUGUCAAAGCACUGGAAGAAGCACAGGCGACCACUCCACAAGAAGCGGCCACAAAGCUCGCUGCGGCGAGGGAGGAAGAUCGUGAGAACAAAGCUGCAGACAAGGACAACACUACAGAGAGUCCGACGACAGGCUCAGCUCCGGACGCGGCGAGCGUACUUGGGCCUUGCACCGUCUGGGUGGGCAGCAAGGCCGAGCGAUCCAGCGAUGAAGAACCACCGCCCUCCAAGAGUCUCAACUGGGACGCCAGCGACAACGAAGACUCGGCCUCGUUCCACUUGAUGGACCCGAAUGCCGGUAUUGCCGUGAUUUACUUUCCUCUGCUUCCACACCCGGAUGUCCCGAACAUCGACCCGGACAAGUCCGACUUUAUGAGCACCUGGAAUUUCAUCUACACGCCCGAACAGGUCGACAGCGUGGUGGAGCUCGCCAAGAGGAACUUCGCCGAAGGUGAGGAAAAGGUGAGGGACACGGUGAGGGCCGUGUACGAGAGGAAAAAGAAGGUGAGGCUGGAGAAAGAGGACAAGAAGACCAGCAAGGAAUGGAAGGGCCGAAUACGGAGGGUGGGCAACACUUUUGUAUGA